AUGCUCGCACUCGCCUUGACAGCAGACUUGAGUGGGGUCACCGACCUCCGCCCCGACGACACCGAAGACAAACCCUUCUUCUAUACCUUCAAAGUUCAAUGCACAUCAUGCCGAGAAACACACCCCAAUUGGGUGAGCGUGAGCAGAUUCGAAAUGAACGAGCAAAGCGGUAGCAAAGGCGAAGCCAACUUCGUCUGGAGAUGCAAGAACUGUAAGAGGGAGCACUCUGCCAAUAUUAAGGAGGCACCAAAAUCAUACCCUCUUUCUUCGCCACCGAGGAUUCAGAACAUCAUCGAGUUUGACUGUCGGGGUUUAGAGUUCGUUGAGUUUAAGGCUGAUGGUGAUUGGCUUGCGACUGGCCUCGAAUCUAAUACCAAAUUCACAGCUAUCGAUCUAUCGGAAGGCGAUUGGUAUGAUUACGAUGAGAAGGCGAACGACGAGGUCAGCAUCAAGGAUUUGAAGUGGCAAAUUCGGAGGGCUUAGGCGGUAAGAUCUGAAGCGGGUGUGUACGGGAAUGAGGAGAAAUGAAAUCAAAAUAUCGCCAUCGAUGCAGCGAAAGACUGUCGGCUUGAAAUUAUUGGAUGCCGGAAUACUAGCAUGACGGAUACAUGAUCAAUCACAUAAAUGAGCCCGCAAAUGUCUCUAGUACGACGAAUGGAUGUUGUCGUCUACGGUCUUAGGAUAUUGCACACUUAGUAUCCUACUCAAAUAC